AUGGAACAUAUCCAUGCUUCUGUUCCUGCAUCUGAAGUUGCAGCAUUUCGUGGAAGGAAACCAUACCCUACACAAAAUGUGCUUGCUGCUAUGGACUUUAAUUUACAUUUCACCUAUGUCCUUGCUGGAUGGGAAGGUUCAGCACACGAUGCUCUAGUCUUACGUGAUGCACUCGAGAGAUCGAAUGGCCUAUCAGUUCCUGAAGGAAAAUAUUAUUUGGUUGAUGUGGGGUACGCUACAAGACCAGGAUUUUUAUCUCCUUACAGGGGUGUUAGAAUGGACAGCAUGAGAGCAUCCUGUGAUAGCCAAACAUCAACAGUAAGAAGCCCUACUAAGAGACCUAGUGGCAACAAAAGGUGGACAUCUACUGAAAGCCGCUUCUUCAUACGGUUCAUGGCUACCCAAGUGGAACAAGGAUUUAAAGUCGAUAAAGGUUUCAAACCCCAAGCAUUUCAUGCCGCAAUUAAGGCAAUAAAAGAGGAAUUCAGCAUCAUAGUUACUGAAUCAAAUGUGUCCAACCACCUAAGGACAAUUAAAAAACGGUGGACAAGAAUUAAAAAACUGAAAGAAUUAAGUGGAAUGGGUUGGGAUGAUAGACUGAAAAUGAUAAUCAUUGGUGAGUCGGAGUUUAAGGACUAUAUCAAGAUUCAUCCACAAGAUGAACCUUUUUUGAACAAGCCAAUUGAAGAUCAUGAUUUGCUAGAGACUAUUUGUGGUAAUGACCAGGCCAGUGGACGUCGUGCUGUUCACUUUGGGGAUGAAAUUGGCAUGGACAUGUAUGAUAAUGAAAGCAUCCGUCAAUCUCCUCAAAUUGGUGGUCUUGAAGAUAUGUCUUUUGAGGAGACAGAUUUGCAUGCAAAUAUGUCAACACCUAUCCACACACAUUCAGAAAGUUUAAAACCAAGGGGAGCAACAUCCACUCAAACAAGAAAAGGAAAAGGAAAAAGAAAAUUAAUCUCCGAAGUUGAAGCAAUACAAGAAAUGAAUAACACAUUUAAGGAGGCACUAGGGAAUAUGAAUCUCACUCGUACUUUGUCCUUUGCCAAAGACCUUAUGAAAGAGUGCAUGAAAUUAAAAACAUAUGGAUAUUCUGGUCGUGAGAUCAAUAGGGCCUAUGAUUGGUUGAUGGCGGAUGAAAUGAGGGCUAUAUGUUUCUUGGCGAAGGAUGAAGAACUUAGAAUGUAUUGA